GCUACUAAGGCCGUAUCCUUUCUAGUACAAUUGAUAUAAUUUGUGCGCGCGCGCCGUUAUUAUAUAUAUACAUAUGUUAUUUUUAUCGAUCGGUAACGGCUUUUUUUAUCAAAAAAUUUUCCAUGUUGUACGUUAACACAAUUCUCUAUAGUAGCUGCACUCGACCAUUUUUUUUUUAGAGGCAGACGAGAUACAAUUGCGAGGACUGCGGGAUGCAUUCUUCACCAGGAACGGACUAACGAGACAUAGACCCGCGUGUGGCACCGUAGAGCGGACCAAAUGCCAGUAUUGCGGGUCGGAGUUUUCAUCCUUUACUGGCGUGCGACUGCAUGAGCACAGGGCAUACGCCGCUGCAGUGAAUGAUGAGAAGAGGGAGAGGCUGAAAAGGCCGGAAACCGAACUUAUGCAAAUAAUGGCGAAAAUAGAAGCUGCCACUAUAAAGGGGCAACCCUUUAUAGACAAGAUGGUUUCGGAUACCGGCCUUACUCGCGACCAAGUGCGGCACAGAAGGACCAAACCUGUUUACAAAGAGUACCUCUGUGCCGCCAAAGAGAGCCAAACAAACGAUCUCUCUCUCCCUCGGCCUGUGCCUUCGGCUGAUGCAGCGAGCGCCACUACCCAUGUGGAAACUCCCAACAACGAGGGUGAACCAGUCCACACUACGACAACUGCGGAGCAAUCUCUGCAUGCUAUUACCACCAAAGAAGACAACGAAGACGGUAAGACACCUUACGCACCUAAUGUUACACCGAUUUUGCAGAACGGCGGUACAAAGAGACAGCGUGAUGAUUCGAUGUCGCCUCUCAUGCAGCCGACACCUAGAAGGGCGCGAAGCGAUCGCGACCUCACUCCCCCCCAUGCACAACCCAGCACCCAGGUGACUGUUAAAAAACAGCUACCCAACUAUCUCGUCAUUGAGCGAGAGGCUGCUGUAGCUGACAACCUGGGUCAUAUUGUGGAGUUGUGCAAUGCGGGGCUCGAGCUAGCCAACGUGCAGCUGGGCCCCUAUAUCGAUGACUGGAUCAAGAAACAGUUUCCAGAACAGCGGGGCUAUAAGAAGGGGGAGAAGAGGGGGAAUAAACCCCCUCGGAGAAACUACGCCCAAGCAACAACAGGGCGGGGUCCUAGGGCAGAAGGUUUAAAAAAAGCCCAGGACCUCUACAAUAAGAACCGUAGCUCUCUAGCGGAGAAAAUAAUCUCUGGAACUCCGCUGGAUGAGAAUGAAGUUACUCCCCCUAUUGACGAGAUCGAACGGUUGUAUCGCGGCAUCUUGGAGUCGCUUGCGCGAGAGACGACUGACGUUCAUAAUAAACCGCUGACGGAGGACACGAAAACGUUCCUGCCCUUCAGGCAGCACGAGAUCGAAAGUGCCAAAACAUCUUGGGGCAACUCGGCGCCUGGCGCCGACGGAAUUGCAGUGUCCUCCGUGAAACGGGCCAACAACAGGGUGCUGUCCGUACUAUUCUCUAUUAUUUUGAUACGGAAUGUGCACGCUGUUUGCUUCCGCCGUUCGCGCACUACUAUUAUUUAUAAAAAUGGUCAACGGUGUGACCCGGCUAACUGGCGCCCACUCACUAUCGGGAGUGCCCUUCAGAGGCUGAUGCACAGGGCGAUGGCUAACCGCAUACGGGAAGUCAUCGCCCUGAGCACCAACCAACGCGGCUUCACUGCGGUGGAUGGCACUCUCGCCAAUUGUAUGGUCCUUCAGGCCUGCAUUAGGAAUAGGGUGGGCGCUGGAAAAGGGUACUGCGUCGUCUCACUCGACGUCCGUAAAGCCUUCGACACUGUUGGACAUGGGAGUGUUGUUGGGGCGUUACGGAGAUUCGGAAUAGACGAGGGCUCCAUCAGAUACAUAUUGUCAACCUUGACCACCUCGGAGACCGCCAUCAAAGUGGGUGGCGAGCAGACGGGGAGCAUUCAGAUUAGGCGCGGGGUCAAGCAAGGGGAUCCACUUAGCCCACUGCUAUUCAACAUGGUAAUUGAUGAGCUGCUGAGCCAGCUUAACGACGGGAGCAGGGGAGGCACGAUCCUUCCUGGAGUGAAGGUCAGCGCUAUGGCGUCUACCUCCGAUAUUAUGAUUUUUAGAUACCACCACGACAUCCCCGCGCACUGUACACUUUCUAUCGAAACGUGUAUUUGCUUCAUCGCACUUCAGCUGCACGGUGAUGUUUCGGUAUCUCUGACCAACGCUGUUGGUCACUUGGGGGUGCGCGCCCACGAUCGCAUCGCGUGUAAAACGCGUGCUUGCGAUCGCGGCACGUCGCACCGCGUCGGCAUCCUCGCCAGAGAGGCCGACCUGGAGAUUCGGAUUCGAAUCUGGGUUGUCGAUCCUCGGAUCGGCGACACGAUCAAAUAAGUUUUGAGACUCUUGAUUGGAGGAGACGGCAAGGCAGUCGAUGAAGGCUCCCCUUUUUGCACCGAGAGCUGGUGCCGUGCUGAAUGUGGAGAAGUGGAGAUCAAUAUCACUGCACCUACCUUGACCCUGGGCCUGUGUGGCAGGACAAGUCAAGUCUCCUAUGACCUGACCCUCACAGCGAUGCUUGUUCCCUGCAACCUCCUCAUUUCGGCAUACAGCAUCGACGCGGUCGUCGUUGAAGGAGCGUGGGC